CCAUCUGAGCUCGGAUCAUGCACAGUCCUCCUGCGAUCAUUGCCCUAGUUUGGGGCAUCGUCUACCUUUCCUGCCCACCUUCAUCUGAGGCCGGAAGGGAAGAUUGGACAGCAGACGAGCGGCUGGUUUACGAGCAGUUGACCCAACAGGAUUGCGGUGUCCUAACGAAUCUGAUUCCCGCCCAAAGGCUUCGUCGGAGGAUCACCGGCGGUCGGAAAUCGUCGCUGAUGUCCCAGCCUUGGAUGGCAUUUCUCCAUAUUCCAAGUGAUAUGGAGAUGUGUCGCUGUGGAGGCGCCCUUAUCUCAGAACGCUUUGUUUUAACUGCCGCACAUUGCUUCAAAAUGUGUCCUCGAUCUAGGGAGAUAAAAGUGUGGCUGGGAGAACUCGACAUAAGUUCCACAAGUGACUGUACCACCUACAAUUAUCAACUGGUUUGCGCACCGCCCGUGGAGGAGUUUACCAUCGAGAAUUGGAUUCUCCACGAGGAGUUCAACCUCUUUUACCCCGGGUAUGAUAUUGCCCUGAUAAGACUGAACAAGAAAGUGGUUUUCAAAGACCACAUUCGACCCAUAUGUCUGCCCCUGACCGACGAACUCUUGGCCUUUACCUUGCAGCUGGGAAAACCCUACAUGGCGGUGGGCUGGGGGAAAACGGAGAGCAGCAGCUUCGCCAACAGUACGAUGGAGGUCUACAUAAACACUGAGAAGUGCACCGACGGCAGAGACACCUCGUACCUCUGCGCCAAUGGCGACUAUGUGGAUACUUGCACUGGGGACUCCGGUGGACCGCUGAUUUGGUCGACCUUGUUUCUCGGCAAGGCUCGAACGGUACAAUUCGGAGUGGUCAGCACUGGAAGCCAGGAAUGCGGCGCUGGCCAGAAGGCAUACUACAUGGAUGUGCCCACCUUUGUGCCCUGGAUAAUCGCCAAGAUGGCAGAGUUUUCGGAUUUGAAGCCAAAUCUGUUAACUUUAGAUGCAAAUACUGUGUAAUUGGUGCUGAUAAUUUCCGAAUCCGUUUGACCA